UUUGUACACACAUGGAUGUACAUAUAAACAUUUACACAAAACCAUUAGGGUGAGCAAAUGCAUAUUGCAAAUUGUAUGGCAAAAAAAUAAAACUCAUUUUUUAGUGAGAAAAAUCUUACAUUAACCAAAUUUUUGUACUCCCAUUAACAUGAACGCACUUUGGGUCUUUACAAUUGUGGUCUUGAGCUUUGUUGGACCUGUCCUUGGAACAGGUCCAAUUUUAUUUACAGAGUUAAAUUACUCAAUACCAAACGGUUAUCGAAGAUUGGAUGACAUGAUUCUACCUGAAACUUUCUUCCAUCCUAACUCCACUCGAAAUGCGGUUAACAGCGCCGACCUAAUCUGGCCGAAGGGUCGCAUUCCUUACGUGAUUGACAAUUCACUUUCCCAGCACUCGCAAAGAAUUUACAACGCUAUGGGAGACUACCAUUCCAAGACGUGCAUCCGUUUCGUCCCCCGGACCAACGAGUACAACUACGUCAACAUAUUCUCAGGUCAAGGAUGCUACUCUUUGAUCGGGUUAGCCAAACAGGGUCAGCAACCAUUAAGUUUGGGAAAUGGUUGCCUAGACCAUGGGACCAUCGUGCAUGAAUUAGGUCACGCUGCAGGAUUUUUUCACGAACAGAAUCGCAGUGAUCGCGACAAUCACUUAAUAAUCAACUGGGCGAACAUCCAGCAGGGUUAUGCGUCCCAAUUUUACAAAUUAGAUCCCUCCCAAAACUGGCUGAUAAAUGGAUUUGAUGUCUCCAGUAUCAUGUUAUACGGUGAACUUUCAUUCUCCAAGGAUGGCUACAGUCGCACCAUGACGAAUCGUGGGGGUCAGAAAUUGCUGGAAGUUUAUCAAAAGAGAGGCCUAAGUUAUGCAGAUGUUCAACGAGUCAAUAAAUUGUAUGGGUGCUGAUUACACAAAAAUAUUUGCACAUCUGUAUUUGCACACCAAUAAUAAAUUUGUAACGCAGUAUCCAAAUCACAAGUGGAAUUCCCAAGUAUUUAGAAUGCACUUAAAGUGUACACUCUGUUACCGAAUGGUACUUGAUUGAUUGAGCUUGUAUAACUGAAUUAUUUUUCAUGCAAUCAGGCCACACACCAGGAUGAAUAUUAAAUAAAGCAGUUUAACCAAUGUCA